CUAGAAUCAACGUAAUUUACCAUGGCACACGCCGAUCCCUUUUCAACGUCGACAAUGCUCAAUGCUUCACACCAUCUCCGUUUUGCCGCCGCAAGAGAACCCAUCUCAGAAGGGUAUCCGGCGGUUGCUCCUCCUCAUCCACGUGGCUUCUCCGUCAAGUUUCCUCCUCCGGGAUUCACCCCAUCUCCGUCGCCUUUAACUAACUCAUUCUUCACCGUCUUAACUCCUCAAGAACUGGAGAUGCGUCUGCAAUGGAUGUUCUACGUAAUGACUAAAAGCGAAAAUCAUGAUGCGGCUCCGUUCAAAGAGAUGAUCUUAAAGUACUUAGACCAAAGAGAGCUUCAAACGAUGGCGUCAUUGCUGACAUCAGAUUCCGAUUACUUCUUGAUGAUCGCAAGAAACAAGAACGGCUCCAAACGCAUACAAAAACUUCUCGGGAUAACAGAUGACGUGGACACGUUCGCCGCCGCUAUCUUGGGCCGCUUCCUCCACAUCAUCACCGACAAGUACGCAUCGUACGUGGCUAGACGGGGGAUAGCAGUUUUCAAUAAGAAGAAGAAAGAAGCAAUGUACGAGCGCAUUCUCCAUUACGCGCUAUACAUAGCGCGUGACAAACACGGUUGCCUGGCGCUCAACGACAUCAUAACCGACGCGGACGAUCUUUACUACAGAAACAAGCUCUUUGACGUAAUCGCACACAAAGCUAUUUUACUAAGCAACGAUGCUUAUGGGAACUUUGUGAUACAACACGUACUUAAACUGAAUGACUUGUGUUGCAAGAACAACAUCGUCGUUAGUCUACGUGGCCACUUUGUUGACCUCUCGAUUCAGAGAUAUGGAAGCUACAUUGUGAAUCUGCUUUUGGAGACGGAGGAGUCAAUGGUUGUGGUGGUGGAGGAGCUUUUGGAAGGAGAUAGGUUGAUGAGGUUGACGAGGAAUGCGUAUGGGAAUUUCGUGCUGUGCAAGGCGCUGAGAGUCACGCUGAAGGAGAUGGUUAGGACUGAUCUGUAUUGGGGUUUGGUGCAUAAGCUCAAGCCUUUUCACAAUCCCUUGCGUAGGUCUCGUGGAAGCAACAUUGCAUCAAUCUUGGACUCGAUUUGUUAGGUCGUCUCAAACUAGUUAGCACUGUUUUAUUAUUACGAUAUGCUGAAAGUUCUCGUUAGUUAACUCUUUUAAUAAGGAGAUUGUCAUUGAUGAUGGUAAAUAAAUAAAUUCAAUUCAA